GGUGGCUUUCGUGGCAAUGCACUUCAAGCAGCUGCAAGUCGGGGAAACGAAUCGGUUGUGCGGCUUCUCCUCGAGCGUGGAGCAGAGGUGAAUGCUCAGGGUGGCUUUCAUGGCAAUGCACUAAAAGCAGCUAAAGUCUCGCGUCAUGAAUCGAUUGCGCAGCUUCUCCUCUCACACGGGGCGGAUCAAAGUCUA